AUGGAUGACAAUGAUGUUAGCGUGCUUCUUGGAUAUGGUAACGGCUCUUUUGUAAAUCAAACAACAUAUUCUACUGGAUAUGGUCCAUCGUCAAUAGCUGUUGCUGAUUUCGACACCGACACUCGAGUCGAUAUUGUUAGCACCAAUGUACAUAGCAAUGAUGUCAGUAUCCUUCUUGGAUAUGGUAAUGGGUCAUUUGCAAAUCAAACGAAGUAUUCCACUGGUUCAUAUCCAUUUUAUGUAGCUGUUAGUGAUUUCAACAAUGAUACUGAUUUGGAUAUCGUUGUUACUAAUGUGUAUAGCCAUGAUGUCAGUAUCCUUCUUGGAUAUGGUAACGGUUCUUUUGCAAAUCAAACCACAUUUCCAGCUGGUUCUAAUCCAUACUCGGUAGCUAUUGGUGAUUUGAACAACGACAGUCGACUCGAUAUUGUUGUCGUCAAUUACGGUAGCAAUGAUGUAAGUGUUCUUCUUGGAUAUGGUAAUGGCUCUUUUGAAAACCAAAUAACCUAUUCAACUGGCUCUGGUUCAGGAGCAGUAGCUAUUGGCGAUUUCAACAAUGACAACCGAUUUGAUAUUGUUGUUGCCAAUUAUUAUAGCAAUAAUAUAAGUUUAUUGCUGCAAUAUAAUAGAGUAACUCUCGUAAACAAAACAACCUUAGCAUCUGGUGGUGGUGGUUCUCGUCUACGACAUUUUGCUGUCGGACAUUUGAAUAAUGACACUCAUUUAGAUAUUGUCGUUGCUAAUUACGGCACGAACACUAUAGGUAUCCUUCUUGGAUAUGGAAGUGGCACUUUCACAAGCCAAAUGGUGCUUAAAACUGGUUCAAAUUCUCAUCCAACAUUUAUCGUCAUCGGUGAUUACAAUGGUGACACGCAUUUGGAUAUUGCUGCUGGCAAUUAUGGUUCAAGGAAUGUAGAUAUAUUGCUUGGAAAUGGACAGGGAAAUUUUGAAAUUCAAGCAACUAAUGGAAUUCGUUUCAUUUCCACUCCGUUUGCUGCUGCUUCUGGUGACUUCAAUAAUGACAAGCAAUCGAAGAUUGUUGUCGCAUAUGAUAACAGUGAUAAUGUAGAUGUCAUUGUUGCACAAAACAUUGGAUCUUUUGAAAAUCAAAUAAAGUAUUCCAGUGGCUAUGGUCCAUACUCUGUAGCUGUUGGUGAUUUUAACAACGAUACUCGAUUGGAUAUUGUUGUUGCCAAUUCUGGUAGCAAUGAUGUCAGUGUCCUUCUUGGAUAUGGUAAUAGUUCUUUUGCAAAUCAAAUGACGUAUUCAAUUGGAUCUUAUCCAACGUCUGUAGUUGUUGCUGAUUUCAACAACGACAGUCGACUGGAUAUUAUUGUUGCGAAUUAUGGCAGCAAUGAUGUGAGUAUUCUCCUUGGAGAUGGUAAUGGUUCUUUUGCAAAUCAACUGAAAUAUUUAGUUGGUUCUUAUCCAUUCUUUGUAGUCGUUGGUGACUUUAACAACGAUAGUAGACUGGAUAUCGUUGUCGCCAACUCAUAUGGCAAUGAUGUGAGCGUACUUCUUGGAUAUGGUAAUGGGUCUUUUACGAAUCAAAUAAAAUAUGCAACUGGCUCUUCUCCAUCAUCUGUAGUUGUUGCUGAUUUCAAUAAUGACACUCGAUUAGAUAUUGUUAUCGCAAAUUGGGAUAGUAAUGAUGUUAGUAUUCUUCUCGGAUAUGGUAAUGGCUCUUUUACAAAUCAAACAAGAUAUUCAACUGGUUCUGGUUCUGAUCCAUCAUCUGUAGUUGUUGUUGAUUUGAACAACGAUACUCAACUCGAUAUUAUUGUCACCAAUUAUGGUGGCAAUGAUGUCCAUAUUUUUCUUGGAUUUGGCAAUGACUCUUUUAGAAAUAAGAUGACAUAUUCAACUGGUUCGUCUCCAUCGUCUGUCGUUGUUGCUGAUUUCAAUAACGAUAGUCGACUAGAUAUUAUUAUUGCCAAUUAUGGUAGCAAUGAUGUAAGUCUACUUCUUGGAUAUAACAAUAUAGUUUUCAUGAAAAAAACAACGCUAAUAACUGAUAAUGAUUACCGAACACAAUCAUUGACCAUCGGUGAUUUUGACAAUGAUGAUCGAAUGGAUAUUGUUGUUGCUUAUUUGGGUACACACAAUAUUGGUAUUUUUCUUGGAUAUGGCAAUAUUUCGUUUACAAGUCAAGUGACAUAUUCAACUGGUUCAUCUUCGUUUCCAUACUCUAUAGCUGUUUGUGACUUCAACAAUGAUAAUCGACUCGAUAUUGUCGUCGCUAAUUAUGGCACUGAUAACGUAGGUAUUUUUCUUGGAUAUGGCAAUGGCUCUUUUAAAAAUCAAUUGACAUAUUCAACAGGCUCUAAUUCUGAUCCAUAUUCUGUAGCUGUGGAUGAUUUUAACAAAGAUACCAUUCCAGACAUUGUUGUCGCCAAUCAUGGCACCAAUAAUCUUGGUAUACUUUUUGGAAAUGGAAAUGGCACAUUUGAAAGUAUUAUUCCGUUUUCUUUGAGUUACGGAUGCCGCCCAUUUUUCGUUGUCAGUGCUGAUUUCAACAAUGACAGGAAGCUAGAUAUUGCUGUAGCGAAUGAUGGCAUCGAUAGUUUAAAUAUUCUCUUACAAACUUGUUAA